CAUUUCUGAGGAAGUCGGAAGUUUCCUCUGCGCUGAACCUUGAGCUGCAUUGUGGGGAGAGCUCGGAUCGUUCUGGCAGCUGCAGCAUGGUGAGCGAGGGGUUGCGCUCCACAAACGGGGAAGAUCGGUGGACCACGAAUGCAGUGACCUAUGAUGAUGUGCAUGUUGACUUCACUUGGGAAGAGUGGUCUUUGCUGGAUCCUUCCCAGAAGAAUCUCUAUAGAGAUGUGAUGCUGGAGACCUACAGGAACCUCACUGCUAUAGGCUGCAAAUGGGAAGAUCAUAAUUUUGAAGAACGUCGAAGUUCUAGAAGACCUGGAAGGAAUGAAAGAAGCCAUACUGGAGAGAAACCUUCUGAAUAUACUCAAAAUGUUGAAGCUUAUGCUUAUAAUAAUCAGCUUCAAAGGCAUGAAAGAAUCCAUACUGGAAAGAAACGCUAUGAAUGUGAUCAGUGUGGAAAAACUUAUGUAUGCAACAGGAAUCUUCUAAGGCAUAAAAUAACACAUACUGGAGAAAAACCCUAUAAAUGUAGUCAUUGUGGUAAGGCCUUUUCACGUGACAGUAGUCUCCAAAUGCAUAAAAUAAUACAUAGUGAAGAGAAACCAUAUGAAUGUAAUAAAUGUGGUAAGGCCUUUUUACGUGACAGUAUUCUCCAAGCACAUAAAAGAAUACAUACUGGAGAGAAACCCUAUGAAUGUAAUCAAUGUGGCAAAGCCUUUUCAUUUCACAGUUAUCUCACAACACAUAAAAAAAUACAUACGGGUGUGAAACCCUAUGAAUGUAACCAAUGUGGUAAAACCUUUGCACAGCACAGUCGCCUUCUAAUGCAUAGAAGAACACAUACUGGAGAGAAACCCUUUGAAUGUAACCAAUGUGGUAAAGCCUUUGCGUUUCACAGUUAUCUCCGAAUACAUAAAAGAAUACAUACUGGAGAGAAACCCUAUGAAUGUAAUCAAUGUGGUAAGGCCUUUGCUCAACACAAUCAUCUUCUAAUGCAUAGACGCAAACAUACUGGCGAGAAACCCUAUGAAUGUAAUCAGUGUGGUAAGGCCUUUGCAUGUCACAGUAGGCUUCAAACACAUAAAAGAACACAUACUGGAGAGAAACCCUAUGAAUGUAAUCAAUGUGGUAAGGCCUUUGCAUUUCAAAGUUAUCUCAAAACACAUAAAAGAAGACAUACAGGCGAGAAACCCUAUGGAUGUAAUCAGUGUGGUAAGGCCUUUGCAUUUCAAAGUUAUCUCAAAACACAUAAAAGAACACAUACAGGCGAGAAACCCUAUGGAUGUAAUCAAUGUGGGAAAUCCUUUACCACUCACAGUUACCUUCUAAUGCAUAAAAGAAUACAUACUGGAGAGAAACCUUAUGAAUGUAAUCAAUGUGGUAAGGCCUAUGGAUAUAGCAGUGCUCUUCUAAUGCAUAAAAGAACACAUACUGGAGAGAAACCCUAUGAAUGUAGUCAAUGUGGUAAAGCCUUUGCACGUGACAGUAGUCUCCAAACACAUGAAAUAACACAUACCAGAGAGAAACCCUAUGGAUGUAAUCAAUGUGGUAAAGCCUUUUCAUUUCACAAAUAUCUCAAAAGACAUAAGCGAACACAUACAGGCAAGAAACCCUGAUUGUUGAUAUAAUCAAUGUGGGAAAUCCUUUGCAUGUAACAGUAGAUUCCACAUAUAUAAAAGAACACACACUGGAUUGAAACACUAUGAAAGUAAUCAUUGUGGUAAAGCCUUUGUAUGUGAUUUUUGUCUUUGAAACUAUGAGAAAAAAAAUCAAACUGCAUAGAAACCCUACAAAUGUAGUUAAUGUGGUAAGGUUCUGCACUUCAUAGUACUGUUUAUACGACAAUAAAACUUUUAGUGUGAAACCAUUCUGUUAAAGCCUGUGCAUAUCACAGUAGUCGUUGAGGACAUGAUAAAAACUCAUACAGAAGAGAUUCUAGCUAUAAAGGAUUGGAAGACCUUUAGCUAACACAUUUAAGUUACACAAGGGAAUUCUGGAGAUAAAAUCUGACAAUGUCAACAAUCUGUUCAAGGAGUGUAUUAUUAUUUUGUUUGUACCUACAAACUCGUAUGAACAGAGCCCUACAAACUUAAAUGUUAAAGUAACUCUUUUAGAUUUCAUGUAUCUCUUCGAUGACAUGAAAUAACUAAUUCAGUUGUAAAACUUUAUGGAUAUUUGCUGUGGGAUGGUGCUUUUGUACACUGUAAAGAUUUGUCACUUGUAUUUGUUUAAUAAAAUGCUGAUUGGCCAGUAGCCAGGCAGGAAGAAUGGGAGGGGGUGACCGGGCUAAGAGAAUUCUUGGAAGAGGAAAGUCAAAGAGUCAGCCACCAGCCAGAUGCAGAGGAAGCAAGAUGAGAACGUCUCACUGAGUAAAGGUACCGAGCCACAUGGCUAAACAUCAACAAGAAUUAUGUGUUAAUUUAAGUUGUAAGAAUUUUAGUAAUAAGCCUGAGCUAAUAGGCCAAACAGUUUAUAACUAA